UCGGUCAGUACGCGUUUGCACUCACUACGGUUGGUCGUGUAGUUGUCGGUCGUCGUCCCAACGUGUUUUUGUUAUUGUUUUCAGCCGAUAUCGCGUGUUUUUAACGACAGUAAUAAUAUUAUGUACGCGUAGUAUUUUCAUAUUGUAAUAUUGACGGUUUUGUUUAUCGCCGUCCCUCUCUCUCUCUCUCUCUCACAAAACAAAUCGAUUCUCGUCGAACACCCGAGGAUUCGCCGCCCGGCAGAGUUAUACACGAGAUUAUGGCAAGUAAAAAAUCUGCAAAAUUUGUAUGUAUCGUCGUCGUCCGCUUUAAAACCAAUUGAUGAAGCAGAAUGUCACCGGAAAAUGUGUGUCCAAGAUUCAAACAGAAUGCUUGGAAAAAAGAACUGUGCUCCAACUGUUUUCGUCCGAAAGAGGAGCACCCCGAGAAGCCCAAACGGGUACUUAUUGACUACAAACCACUACCGGAAAUAUCUCCAGCCCAGAGUAUAUUGAAGGUAAACGGUUCGUGUGACAAAUCCCGGAAUGUGUCGUUUUCGAACGUCGAGAUGGAAGUCAUCGGAUAUGGCGGCGAAGAGUACUCGACCGACGAAGAAUAUUCGUCGGACGAGGAAAACGGUUCGGAAUUCGUUGACUCUGGUGACGACGAAGAGCUCAAAAGACUGACCGAAGCCAACACAAACCUAAACAGCAAACCCGAUUUCGUGGCCGAAAAGGUCGUUGUCGGUAGUAAUAAUGUUGGAAAAACUGCGAACGUAGCGGUAACGGCGGCGACAAACAUCAAGUCACCCGUAAAAAAACCAAUGGUGCAAAACAAGUCACCGCCGAUGGUAACCGUUCAGCCGUUCUGCGGAGACCCACCCAAAUCGCUUGUGUUCAACUUCCUAAAGAACAAAGAGAUUGCCACGGCUGCUACUGCCACCGCGGCGGCCGCAGCAGCCACAUCAGCCUGCGAGGAGGCGCCAAAAAUCGAGAAAAAAGAUACUGAAAACAUUCAACUGAGAAAGACUGAGGCAAUGAAAAAACCGACUUUAUCUAGAAGCUCGCUGGUGGCCAAUUCCAACGAACCGUAUUUAAACAUAAGACGGUGCAGUUUACCGGCGGAAGAGGAAGAGGCAAAACCGACGCCGCCGCCGCCACCUCCGCCAACGUUAACAUUGACGAAUACGGAAAUCCCAAGAGCGAAGCUCAUCCGCCAGCCGGAAACGAUAGCACCCGUUGAAAUAUCUAAGGGUGCAGAGGAAACUACCGAAGUCAUCUCGUCGACGAGAGAGUCAGACGCCGACACGGCGGGUGGUGGUGCGGCGCCGUACAAAACUAGAAGUAAUGUACCUCGAAUGGGCACGAUGCACUUCAAACUGAAGUUGGCCGUUGCUUCGUCCCAGAAACCGGAGCCGUUGAAACUGAUCGGUAGUGGCGCUCCUGUGGAUCCGUCGCCAGAUUCGUCGUUGUUGACCAGCAGAGAAAUGGCCGGCGAGCCCGACGGGAAAGCGGACUCCGACGAGCCCGGCGAUCCGACGUCAACCCCGGUGAACCGAUCGUUCCUCCACAAUUUCAAAGACAAUUCGUCGCCCUUGCGUGAUACCUCUACCACACCUCCCAGGACGCCCAACAAAAAGACUUCAAUAACCAGCAACAGCCCUCCCGAAUGUCCCAGGAGUAUCAAACGCCAAGCCCCGAAACCGCCUCCGCCGCCGCCGUCGUUGACAUCGGCCAAAUGCACCGAUCUCGUUUACCACAGCACCAACAGUUCAUUUUCCGACGACGAGUUCAGACCCGAUGACGUGACAAUCAGUAACCGCAAGCUGUUGGCCGAAUACUGCGAACAGAUUGAAAAAGAACAGUCGCAACACUGUGGAAACAGGGAACGACCAUCUGCGGCGGUCGCCACUGUCACCUGCAGUGGCGACCAAGGGCGCGAAUCGUCCACACUCCCGUUACCCGGAAAACGGCCGGCGUGCGAGAAGAAAAAGUACGGCAAGGCCACCAAAGUGGGUCUUAAGAUCAAGAAAUUCCUGAGGAUACCCAGUCGGGAAUCGACGGUCGCCACACCGCAGCUACCGACUACCAGGCCCAAGCUGGAAAUCAUUCAUCCGCUGGACAUCAACAAGUCGGGCGUGGAAAUCAUACACAACUACGCUGUCGACGGACUGCUGUACGUAAAAGAUCCGUCCGCCAAAGCGCCGUCCAACCAUCAUCCUGUACGACCUACAAAACCACCGCCGCCGCCGAGAAGUCUUCCGCCUGUUGCAAAGCUGCCGUUUAAGUCGUCCGUCCAGUCCACGGACAUCACAGAUUACCCCGAAGCGCCGAAAACGUGCGAUUCCAGCGCGUCCGACGAAACUUACGAACCGGUAAAUUUUUCGGCACCAGAGUGUGACCACAGUUCGCCGGAAAUGGCGCGACUGACAUCCAUGCAGUAUUACGGUAGCGAGACCGAGUCAGAGAUAUAUCCGACCAUCCAGUUUGGCGACGACUUUGGAGCCGAAGACAGCAUUAGGAACACUCAGCCGGGACACAAGAGUCUCGAAGAGAGUUACGACGCCGUCGUCAUCGCCAAUCACGAAGCCCUAACCAAACUCUUAGACCAGGCGACGAGCUGUCCGAAAGUGCCCAAAGAGUUGAUGGCGUUGAAGACGAAAAACUUGGAAUGGUCCAGUUUUCGAGUGGACUCGACCAGCCGGUUGCAAAAAGCCGGUUGCGCGUUCUACAACGGCAAAUGGUACGACGUGCCGGUGGUGUUGAGCAUUUCCAGUGAACCUGUUGAGCUGAACAAUGUACUGAACAACCAUUUCACCAUGACCAAAGUGACGGAGUUCGUGACGCACGUGGAAAAGGAAUACUGUCCGGGCGCCGAAAACGAAGAAGCUUACGUGACGCUGUGGAAUGCACAUCGGGUGGAGGCGGUGGAAUCGUAUUGCAAGGAAUACAACGCCAAGUACGCGGACAUCACCAAGGAAGCUGGUCUCAUCCUAGUGGAAACUGUGAACCUGUUGAUCGGCCUGCAGGCGUCGGACGUGGACCGGUACAGCCUGGAACCGUUUGUGGUGACCAGAAACUGUUUCGGUGCCGACCCGACCGUAGCCGUGGUUCAGCUGGAAACCGAUUCACAGGGAGCGGAUGACACGCUCUGCGAGAUCAUGCUCAAGGUGCUCAGACUGCUGGCGCCCACGUGGGAGAUGACGGUGUGUCUGUCGCAGGUUCUGCGGCAGGGCCGGCCCAACUCUUUGUCCAAAUGCAAGGCGCUCCUCGAGUUCUGGCUGUGGGGUCCGACCGGAGUGACCGUGUCACCCGACCGACCGCUGUCGCUGAAAAGAUGGUUGGACCUGGAACGCGCCAACGUCCUGCAUGGCCAUGUAUGUUCCCGUUCCGCCGACCUGUCCGUCAAGCAGAUGUGCUACAUGUCGUUUUUGGUGGCCAACGACGAUAAACUGUUCUCGGAUGCAUGGACUGUGCUGGCCGAUCGCAAGAUGCGGCCUCCGCGCGAUCCGACGAUCUCUAAAUGUUAACGCACAAACAUGUUUUGUAUUGUUUUGUUUUUUUCUCUCUCGAGUGUUAAAAAAAUGUUUCUGUCGAAAUCAUCAUUCUUUUCUUUACAACUCUAUAUUUUUUUUUUAUGUCUUAACUCCAAGUAUAACAAUAUGAUUGUUGUAGUGGCUAACAACUGUUGCUGAACAAUCGUGUCUGUUAUUAUUAUUCUAGGAUAAAAAUGACACUGUCGAAUAAAUUAUUAUUAUUAACCCAACUGUUAAUUAUAUUUUACGCGUAUACAUGUUUGCUCAUUAACUGUUAUUAUUAUUCUAAUUUAAAUAAUAUAUAAUAUUGUGUAGUUGCAAAGUAUGAAUUUGCAGCCCAAUAUCUGCCAUGUUAAAAUUUUAAGUAUUUAAAAUAUAUUUUUGUUAGUUAUAAGAUACUUAAAAUAAGAAUAUUUAAGUAUUUAUUUGUGUAAGAAACAGGAAUGAAACAAAAAAGCUCUCUAUUUUGUCAAUUAUUUUUGUAUCAAAAGAAAAUUACAAAUAUUAUACUGUUUGUGUAUUUUUGUGCUAAAUCUACUUGAUAAGAAGUUUACCUACUAUAUUUUUAAACUUUAAAUUAUAUACAUAUUUUUUUACAUAUUAAACAUUGUACCUAUUUGUUAUACCUACAUUUAUUGUCAUCUUAACUUUUCAUUGAUUGUAAUAACCAGAGAUUUUGAUUUUUAUUAAAUGUACAUUAUAGAUACACUAAAAAGUUAUUAUAAUAUUUUCAAAUUACAGGUAACAUAAAUAAAAAAUAAAUUUUAGUAAAAUGUCAAAAAAUAUACUAUUUAUUCUAUUAUUCGUACAUAUUAUUAUAUAAUAUGGUUUAAUAUGUGAUAAGUACAUCAUCUAAAAUAGUUUUGAAGUUGUUAAAAAAUAAAUGUGUUUGGCACGAAAGCAAUACUAGUAUGCUGGUAAUGAACAGGUUUAAUGUAAUUUUUGAUUUCGACGACCAUAAUUAUUCUUAUAUAUUAUGAUACUAUUUUGAACGUUUGAACUGUGUAGUUAUUUUGUUAUCUAUUAUCAACAAUAAACGUAAAAAAUUUUCAUAUUUUA